AUGAGUUCAAUCGGUGUCGUCGUGUUCCGCAAUUCACCUCUCAAGGCGCAGGUGCUUCAAGAAUCCGUGAAUAAUUCUGUGAAUAUAAGCAACAACGACGUAAAUAACGUUAGGCGUGAAAUAAUUAUAGUGAGGAAAAAACAAAAAGUUCAAUCACCACCAAAUACAGUUUCUGUGACUUCAUUAGUGCGUGCUACUGACCCUGUGAACACGAAUAUUUUAGCAAAACGACCUCGGCUUCGCGAAAGCGUGCAAGAAGAAACUGCAAAAAGCCCAACACCAUUAGCAGUUGCAAGACGAAAUGCGCGGGAAAGGAACAGAGUGCGUCAAGUCAAUGAUGGAUUCGCUGCUCUACGUCGUCAUAUACCAGAAGAAGUGGCAGCUGCAUUUGAAAAUGCAAAUUCUAAUAGAGGCCCAAAUAAAAAACUAAGCAAAGUGGAAACACUACGAAUGGCGGUGGAAUACAUUCGUAAUCUGGAAAGUCUUCUUAAUAUAGGUCAUACAGACAAAGAGAAUUUAUCUCGUCCAUCGAUGGAAUCCUUUCCUUCACCCGCAUCAUCGUCGCCCAGAGACAACAGUCAAGAAAGAAGUUACUUUUCUCUUAAUUCACCCGCAAUUGAUGAUGAAGAUAUGGAUGAAGAUGAAUUAGAUGGAUCAAUGCAUCAAUUGAGACCACAACAAUAUAUUGACCUACAGCCAACAGAACCUUUCCAACUGGUCUCUACACCUCAUUUAUACGAGGAAGAAGAUGGCAGUGGUCAACCUCUUACACCUUCAUCGGAUUUAUUAGGACAAGAAGAAAUUAAUUCUCACAUCUUAGAAACUCACUUUCCUUUCCCCAACUCGGCUGAACAGUUCACUGUGAUUCCUGAACAAAAUUACUGUGAGCCGGAUGUGCCCCUGAGUGAAGGAAGCUUUGAAGUAAAAUAUGCUGAAACUAUUCAUCAACAGCUUCAUUCAAACUUUGAAGACGAUACGGAGCUGCCAUUAGAUGCUAUAAGUCCUGAUCUGAUUUUAUCAAAUAAUCAAUAUAAAUUCAAAGAAGAAACAGCGUAUCUCGAUAAUCAACAAUUCAGUGAUGUGGAAUUAAAAAAAGAGCUUCCAGAUAUCCAAGUGACUCCAGAGGAUCGCGAACAGUUCGAAGAAACAUUAAAGUGGUGGCAAGAAAAAACCAGACAAGCUCGUUCACUAUCUAAAAAUAACAAU